AUGGCCCGAGUUUGGAUGGGCUUCCUGCUUUGGCUGUCUAACCAUCCGAGGUGGGCCUUCUGUAGAGGGCCUCCUUGGUGGCCCCUUCUCUUCUGGCCUCUGGUUCUUCGCCUUCCGCUUGCCGUCCAUGCAACCACCUUCAAAGUUGGGGUGAUAGGUCCCUGGAAGUGUGACUCCAUCUAUGCUCAAGCCUACCCCGAUGCAGCGGCCAAGUUGGCGGUUAGUCGGAUCAACAAGGACCCAACCUUAAACAAAGGAUACUGGUUCGAUUAUGUCCUCCUCAACGAAGACUGCCAGACCUCCAAGGCCCUCACAGACUUAGUCAACGCUGAAUAUUACGCUUCUGGUUUCAUCGGUCCUAUUAACCCCACAGCCUGCCAGGCAGCUGGGAUGCUGGGCAAAACAUGGAACAAGCCCAUUGUCUCCUGGGCUUGCUUGAUGGAUGACGCCGAGGUCGAGCGGUUUGGGACAUUUGUGCGGCCAAUGCCGCAGGCCUCCGCGGUGCUCUACACUGUCCUGAAGCAUUUCCAAUGGGCUCACCUGGGUGUGAUCACCUCCAAAGAAGACCUCUGGGUCCAAGUGGGACAAGGCCUGGCCGAUUCGCUGAGGAACUUGGGUCUGCCUGUCACCGUAAUGGCCACCAUGGAAGACGAACCGAGUGGGGUGGAAGAUGCACUCCAAAAGAUCAAGAAGGCCAACAAUAUACGAGUGGUCAUCCUGUGCAUGCACUCCGUCCUUCUGGGUGGGCAGGAUCAGCGCCUCCUCUUGGAGAAGGCCGAAGAGAUGGCCAUGACUCAAGGGAGCUACGUUUUCAUCCCCUACGAUGCCCUGAGCUACAGCCUGCCCUAUCAAGACGAGGCCUAUGCGGCACUGGAGGACAACCUCAAGUUGCGACGGGCCUAUGACGCCGUGCUCACUGUCACCAUCGAUUCUCCAGAAUAUUCCUUCCGGCAGGCCUUUGAAGAGGCUCAGAAGAAGAAAGAAAUCCCCGGGCAAAUCAGUGCAGAGAAGGCCCAUCCUUUGUUUGGCACCAUUUUUAACUCCAUCUACUUCCUCAGCAAGGCAGUGGAAAACACUCGCCAGUCCGGCAAGCGGGUGGCGGGAAUGACCAUUGCCGAGCACGCCAAGGACUUCGAGCUGGAAGGCUUUAGCCAGCCGGUUUCGGCGGACGAAAAGGGAGGGGCCGAGGUCCCGUACAUCAUCUUGGAUACGGAUGGAAGAGGCAACCAUCUUCACCCCAUUUACAAAGUAGACCUUGCUUCGGGGAUCCUGCGUUUCAUAGGACAGGCCAUCCAUUGGCCUCACAAUACCAAGCCGGCUUCGGAUCCCAGUUGUUGGUUCAACCGUGACGCCAUUUGUACCGGGGGUGUGGGUGGCGGCUUUGUUUUCUUCCUCUUCUUCAUUGUUAUUCUCUUGUUCCUGGGUGGAUCUGUUCUGGCUUACUAUCUUCGACUCCACUUUCAGCACAUUCAGCUAAGUAAAGGACCCAACAGGAUUGUCCUGACUGAGAACGACCUAACCUUCAUCAACCUCCCAAGUGUCACAAAGAAGUCGGACGACAGUCCUGGAGGAAAAGGCUCGGAGAAGAAAAGCUUGAAAAAUGGGGCGGAGGAGGAAAAGAACGUAGCCGUGGUUGAGGGUGACUGGGUGUGGCUGAAAAGAUUCCCUGGAGGAAAGUACACUGAAGUCAAACCAAGCACCGAAAAGGUUUUUUGCCAGCUGCGGGACCUGCGGCACGAAAACGUCAACCUUUUUGUGGGCUUCUUCCAUGACGCCGGGAUUCUUGCUGUGGUCUCGGAGCAUUGCACGCGAGGGAGUCUCGAAGAUCUUCUCCUUAACAGCGACAUGAAGCUGGACUGGAUGUUCAAGUCGUCUUUAUUGCUGGACCUUAUCAAGGGUAUGAAGUAUCUGCACCAUCAGCAAUUCCCCCACGGCCGGCUGAAGUCUCGGAAUUGCGUGGUGGAUGGCCGUUUUGUCCUGAAAGUCACGGAUCAUGGAUACAACGAAUUGUUGGAGGCGCAGAAAGUGGUCCGAGAACCGAUGAAGCCAGAGGACCGUUUCUGGACCGCACCAGAAUUGUUGAGGAAUCCAGCGCUGGAACGGAAAGGCAGCUUCUGGGGAGACAUUUACAGUAUUUCCAUCAUCAUUCAAGAAGUCAUCUGCCGCGAUGCGCCUUAUUGUAUGCUGGAUAUGAGCCCCGAAGAGAUCAUCAAGAAGGUGGAGAAACCCCCUCCUCUUUGCCGCCCCUCUGUCUCCAUAGACCAGGCGCCGGUUGAGUGUAUCCAGCUUAUGAAGGAAUGCUGGAGCGAACAACCGGACAGGAGACCCCACAUCAAUCAAGUCUUCGAACAGUUCAAAAGCAUCAACAAAGGAAGGAAGACUAACAUCAUCGACUCCAUGCUACGUAUGCUGGAACAAUAUUCCAGCAAUUUGGAAGACUUAAUCCGGGAAAGGACCGAAGAAUUGGAAGUUGAGAAGCAGAAGACUGACAGGCUAUUAACACAGAUGCUGCCCCCUUCUGUGGCUGAGGCCCUGAAGACCGGGGCACCAGUGGAACCCGAAUAUUUUGAAGAGGUGACCUUAUAUUUCAGCGACAUCGUGGGCUUCACCACCAUCUCGGCCAUGAGUGACCCCAUUGAGGUGGUUGAUCUGCUCAAUGAUCUAUACACCCUCUUCGAUGCCAUCAUCGGCUCCCAUGACGUCUAUAAGGUGGAGACCAUUGGCGACGCCUACAUGGUAGCUUCUGGGCUGCCGAAACGGAACGGGAAGCGACAUGCGGGAGAGAUAGCCAACAUGUCCCUCGAUAUCCUCAGCGCGGUUGGUACUUUCAAGAUGCGCCAUAUGCCCGAAGUACCUGUCCGGAUACGCAUCGGCCUGCACUCCGGGCCCUGUGUGGCUGGCGUCGUAGGGCUGACGAUGCCACGCUACUGUCUCUUUGGGGACACGGUCAACACUGCCUCGCGGAUGGAGUCCACCGGCCUUCCUUAUCGAAUUCACGUCAACCUGCGGACAGUGGAGAUCCUGCACGCCCUCAAAGAAGGUUACAAGCUCGACUUACGGGGGAAGACAGAGCUGAAGGGAAAAGGCACGGAAGACACUUAUUGGCUCAUCGGUCGCGACGGCUUCACCAAACCUAUUCCUACUCCCCCAGACCUGAAGCCGGGGGCGAGCAGCCACGGGAUCAGCAUGGAUGAAAUUCCUGAGGAUCGGAAGCAGAAGUUACAGAAAGCCCGUCCAGGACAGAAAAUGUAAUCUGGGAGGAAGACCGCUGCAUGACAUCGGUUGGGAUGGAGGUCAACCAACUCCCAGGAGUUUUCUGCUGAAGGUCUUUGGGCAAAUAUGCCAGAAUGGG